CUCUUCGUUCGCAUCAAGUACCAAGUACCCAAUUGAUUUCGCACUUCCCUUGAGCUCCUCAUACACCUCUCCUCUCCUUCCACCCUCCCACAAACUACUGUUCUCCCCCAAACCUGUCUUCUAAUACACAAGCCUCUUUUGUCGCUCCCUCCCACCAUUACGACUACCACGACCGACUUUGAUUACGCAGGGGAGUAAUCGGUUGCAACUGCAACCUCCAACUUACGCAGAAACCUCCUGCUCUUUAUUGAGAUUCUGGAGCUUUGAGGGUCAGUACAAGCUCGGUUUUCCUGGAUUCCAGACUGUCUGUAUUUGGUCUUCUGCGUGAGCACAUAUUAACUGAUUCUUGUGUGCAGAAUAGAAUUCAGAAUACCCUUUCCAACCAUGUACGGAACGGGAACUGGCCCACAGACGGGCGUCUCAACACCACGAUCCUCAGCAUCAUUGCGUCCUCUGGUUCUCAGUCAUGGAUCUCUGGACCAUUCUUUCUUGAUACCCACCAACCUUCACUUUCAUGCCGCCCAAAUCAAAGACCGAUUCCUUUCCUCUCUCCCACCAGCCACAGAUGAACUGGCCCAAGACGACGAGCCUUCAUCAGUACCCGAAUUAGUUGCUCGAUACCUCGGUUUUGUGGCACAAGAUGUAGAAGAGGGAGAAGACGAUGCUCAAGGCACAUAUGCAGAGGUUCUGCGACUGGUUUUGAACGAGUUUGAGCGCGCAUUUCUGCAGGGGAACGAGGUCCACUGUUUGGCUGCUACACUUCCUGGUAUCACUGCGAAGAAGCUUCAAGUGGUACAAAGCUAUUAUGCUGCACGCGCUGCAAUUGGACGAGCAAUCAAGCCUCAUGAAUCUGCAUUGUUUAGAGCAGCUAAUGAUGAGGAAGCCAAAGUGUUCACUGUUUACGGUGGACAAGGAAACAUCGAGGAGUACUUUGACGAGCUUCGAGAACUAUAUGUCACAUACCCCUCUUUUGUCGAAGACUUGAUUGUCUCGGCUGCCGAACUAUUACAGAACUUGUCAAGAGACCCAAGAGCGGAAAAGCUCUAUCCAAAGGGCUUAGAUGUCAUGGCAUGGCUUCACGAUCCAGAAGCUACCCCAAAUGUCGAUUAUAUGGUUUCUGCGCCGGUCAGUUUCCCGUUGAUUGGUUUGGUACAGCUCGCACACUACACCGUUACCUGUAAGGUACUUGGUCUUACACCAGGCGAGUUCAGAAACCGUAUCAGCGGAACUACUGGUCAUUCCCAGGGUGUCGUUUUGGCAGCAGCAACUUCAGCAGCCGAUUCGUGGGAUUCCUUUGAUGAGAUCGCCAUUUCAUCUCUCACGAUUUUAUUUUGGAUUGGUUCAAGAUCUCAGCAAACCUACCCAACCACAUCUCUGGCACCAUCAGUUCUGCAAGAUUCAGUUGAUCAUGGAGAAGGCGCACCAACACCUAUGCUGAGCAUUCGGGAUUUGUCUCGCGCCCAAGUCCAGGAGCACAUUGAUGCCACAAACCAGUACCUGCCCGAAGACCGUCAUAUUUCGAUUUCCUUGGUUAACAGCGCUCGUAAUAUGGUUGUAACUGGCCCUCCAAUUUCCCUGUAUGGUCUCAAUCUUCAAUUGCGAAAAGUUAAAGCUCCAACAGGUCUGGAUCAAACCCGAAUCCCUUUCACCGACAGAAAGGUCCGAUUCGUGAACCGCUUUUUGCCAAUUACCUCUCCUUUCCACAGCAAGUAUCUUGCGAACGCGACCAAGCAUUUGGCUGAGGAUCUCAAGAACAUCUCUAUUGACAGCAAAUCUCUGGGCAUCCCUGUCUAUGACACCAAUAACGGAUCUGAUUUGCGAGAGGUCAAGGGAAACAUCGUUCCCACACUUGUGCGAUUAAUCACUCAUGAUCCCGUGAACUGGGAGAAGGCAACCGACUUCCCCAAGGCCACUCAUGUGAUUGAUUUUGGCCCUGGUGGCAUCUCUGGUCUUGGUGUUUUGACCAGUCGUAACAAGGACGGUACUGGUGUCCGUGUCAUCUUGGCUGGUGCGAUUGAUGGCACAGUAACAGAAGUUGGCUACAAAUCCGAACUUUUCGACCGCGACGAAGAGCAUGCUGUCAAGUAUGCUGUCGACUGGGUAAAGGAGCAUGGCCCACGUCUCAUCAAGACCUCCGCUGGUCAGACCUAUGUUGACACCAAGAUGAGUAGAAUGCUUGGUGUUCCGCCGGUCAUGGUUGCGGGUAUGACUCCUUGUACAGUUCCUUGGGAUUUUGUUGCUGCUACCAUGAACGCCGGUUACCAGAUUGAAUUGGCUGGUGGUGGAUACUACAAUGCCAAGACAAUGACAGAGGCAUUGCGCAAGAUUGAGAACGCUAUUCCUGCUGGACGUGGUAUUACAGUCAACUUGAUCUACGUCAACCCACGUGCUAUGCAAUGGCAGAUUCCUCUUCUUGGCCAGCUUCGUGCGGAGGGUGUUCCAAUCGAGGGUUUGACGAUUGGAGCUGGGGUUCCUUCCAUUGAGGUUGCUCAAGAAUAUAUCGAGACCUUGGGAUUGAAGCACAUUGCAUUUAAACCAGGAUCUGGAGAGGCCAUUCAAGCCGUGAUCAACAUUGCGAAGGCAAACCCAACAUUUCCAGUCCUCCUCCAAUGGACUGGAGGUCGCGGUGGUGGACACCACUCAUUUGAAGAUUUCCAUCAACCCAUCCUUCAGAUGUACGGCCGUAUCAGAAGAAGCGAAAACAUCCUUCUUGUUGCUGGUAGUGGUUUCGGUGGUGCUGAUGAUACGUAUCCAUACCUUACGGGAGAAUGGUCUGCCAAGUAUGGUUAUCCACCCAUGCCAUUCGAUGGCUGUCUCUUUGGUAGUCGUGUCAUGACCGCAAAAGAAGCCCAUACCAGUAAGAACGCGAAGAAGGCGAUCACCGAGGCAGAAGGUCUGGAUGAUGCGGACUGGGAGAAGACCUAUAAGGGCCCGGCAGGUGGCGUUAUCACCGUCCGGUCCGAGAUGGGAGAGCCGAUUCACAAACUUGCUACUCGUGGUGUUAAAUUCUGGGCUGAGAUGGAUGCCAAGAUCUUCAGUUUACCAAAGGAAAAGCGUGUCGCGGAAUUGAAGAAGAAUCGCGACUACAUCAUCAAGAAGCUUAACGAUGACUUCCAAAAAGUUUGGUUCGGACGUAACAUGGAAGGAGAUACUGUUGAUCUUGAGGAUAUGACUUAUGGCGAGGUUGUCCGCCGUAUGGUAGACUUGAUGUACGUCAAGCACGAGUCUCGCUGGAUCGAUCAGUCGUAUGAGAAGCUUACAGGUGAUUUCAUCCGUCGUGUUGAGGAGCGUUUCACCACCGACAAGGGCAAGCCAUCGCUACUACAAACCUACUCUGAACUUGAUAACCCAUUCCCAACCGUCAAGAGAAUCUUGGCUGCCUACCCAGCUGCCGACAACCAGCUUAUCAACGCUCAAGAUGUUCAACAUUUCCUCCUUCUUUGCCAACGCCGUGGACAGAAGCCUACCACUUUCGUUCCUGCUUUAGAUGAGAACUUCGAAUUCUUUUUCAAGAAGGAUUCUCUUUGGCAAUCCGAGGAUCUCGAGGCUGUUAUCGACCAGGACGUCGGACGUACUUGUAUCUUGCAGGGACCUAUGGCUGUGAAGUAUUCCAAGACUGUUGACGAGCCAAUCAAAGACAUCCUUGAUGGCGUACACAAUGCUCACAUCAAGGGGCUCACCAAGGAUAUCUACGGUGACAAAGAAUCAGCUAUCCCAGUCGUUGAAUACUUCGGCGGAAAGCUUAUUGAGACCGAAGACGAAGUUGACAUUGAAGGUCUUACCAUCAAUGCUGAGGCUACCAAGACAACUUUGCGCAUCGCUACAGGCGGUAGUGUUCCAUUGCCACCUUUGGAUAUUUGGUUCUCUCUACUAGCUGGCCACAAGCGAUCUUGGCGCUAUGCCCUCUUCUCCUCCGAGGUCUUUGUGCAAGGUCAGAAGUUCCAGACAAAUCCUAUGAAGCGAAUCUUUGCUCCUGUUCGAGGCCUGUUUAUGGAAAUCCUUCACCCCAACGAUCCCACCAAGACGGUCAUCACUGUCAAGGAGCAGCCAAGACCAAACCAAUAUGUUGAAGUCAUCAAUGUCAAAUUGACUGGCAAGAACCAAAUCUUGGUCAACAUGAUCAAAGAGACCACCGCCGUUGGAAAACCAGUCGCACUGCCACUUGAGUUCACCUAUCACCCAGAAGCUGGUUAUGCGCCAAUUCGUGAGGUAAUGCAGAGCCGCAACGAUCGCAUCAAGGAAUUUUAUUGGCGCGCCUGGUUCGGAAAUGAAAAGCUGGAUCUUGAUGCCUCUGUGACGGGGAAAUUCAAUGGUGGCAAGGCUAACAUCACCAGUGAGGCAAUCAAUGACUUUGUUCACGCAGUUGGCAAUACCGGUGAGGCGUUCGUUGACCGUCCAGGUAAGGAGGUCCUUGCACCUAUGGACUUUGCCAUUGUUGUUGGCUGGAAGGCUAUCACGAAGCCAAUCUUCCCACGAACCAUCGAUGGUGAUCUUCUUAAGCUUGUUCAUCUCUCCAAUGGUUUCCGCAUGCUUCCCGGUGCUGAACCAUUGAAGAAGGGAGAUGAAGUUGAGACCACUGCUCAGAUCAAUGCAGUUAUCAACCAGGAUUCCGGAAAGAUGGUUGAGGUUUGUGGCACCAUCACCCGUCAAGGAAAGGCAGUGAUGGAAGUCACAUCCCAAUUCUUGUACCGAGGUGCAUACACCGAUUUCGAAAACACAUUCCAACGCAAGACCGAGACACCAAUGCAGAUCCACCUUGAAACAAGCAAAGAUGUCGCUGUCUUGAGAUCAAAGGAGUGGUUCAACCUUGACGAGCCUGACCAUGAACUACUUGGCCAGACUCUUACCUUCCGUCUCCAAAGUUUGGUUCGAUUCAAGAACAAGACCGUAUUCAGCAACGUUGAGACUCGAGGUCAAGUUCUUCUGGAACUUCCAACCAAGGAGAUCAUCCAAGUCGCAACAGUUGAAUACGAGGCUGGUGUGUCCCAUGGCAACCCUGUCAUCGACUAUCUCGAGAGACAUGGUUCCUCCAUUGAGCAGCCGAUCAAUUUCGAGAACCCCAUCCCUCUCAAUGGCAAGACCGCACUCCUUCUGAAGGCCCCUUCAUCCAAUGAGCCUUAUGCCAAGGUCUCUGGGGAUUACAAUCCAAUUCACGUGUCAAGAGUGUUUGCCGGUUAUGCCAACUUGCCGGGUACCAUUACCCAUGGUAUGUACUCGAGUGCCGCCGUCCGAAGUCUCGUCGAGACCUGGGCUGCUGAGAACAAUGUUGGCCGUGUUAGAAGCUUCCACGCAUCCCUUACCGGUAUGGUGCUACCAAAUGACGACAUUGAGGUCAAAUUACAGCAUGUCGGUAUGGUUGCCGGUCGCAAGAUCAUCAAGGUUGAGGCCAUCAACAAGGAGACUGAGGAUAAGGUUCUACUUGGUGAGGCAGAAGUUGAACAACCUGUAUCCUCAUAUGUCUUUACUGGCCAAGGUUCACAAGAGCAAGGAAUGGGUAUGGAGCUUUACGCAAGCAGUCCCGUUGCCAAGGAAGUUUGGGAUCGUGCCGACAAGCACUUCAUGGACAACUAUGGUAAUUCUUCAUCGUCCUAUAUUCAAUUAAUCAUAACUAACAUUUAUUAGGCUUCGCAAUCACCAAUAUUGUCAAGAACAACCCCAAGGAGCUUACAAUCCAUUUUGGUGGUGCUCGUGGUAAGGCUAUUCGUCAAAACUAUAUGGCUAUGACGUUCGAAACUGUUGGUACGGAUGCUUCCACCAAGUCGGAGAAGAUCUUUAAGGAAAUUGAUGAGCAUACUACCUCAUACACUUACAGAUCACCCACUGGUCUUCUCUCCGCCACCCAGUUCACACAGCCUGCUUUGACUCUUAUGGAGAAGGCAAGUUUCGAAGAUAUGCGAUCCAAGGGACUUGUUCAACGUGACAGCAGUUUUGCCGGUCACUCUCUUGGAGAAUACUCCGCUCUUGCUGCGCUGGCUGAUGUCAUGCCUAUUGAGAGUUUGGUUUCAGUCGUCUUUUAUCGAGGUCUUACCAUGCAAGUCGCUGUCGAGCGUGAUGCAUCUGGACGAUCCAACUACUCCAUGUGCGCCGUCAAUCCAAGCAGAAUUUCCAAGACCUUUAAUGAAGAAGCUCUUCAGUAUGUUGUCACAAACAUCUCUGAGGUCACUGGCUGGCUUUUGGAGAUUGUCAAUUACAACAUUGCCAACAUGCAAUACGUCUGUGCUGGUGACCUCCGCGCUCUUGACACUCUUACCGGUGUCACCAACUACCUCAAGGCCCAGAAGAUUGAUAUUCAACAAUUGAUGGCCACCCUUUCGAUUGAGGAUGUCAAGGAGCACUUGACCGAGAUCAUCCGAGAAUGCGCUAAGCAGACUGAGGGCAAGCCACAGCCACUCGACCUCCAACGUGGAUUUGCAACCAUUCCACUCAAGGGUAUCGACGUACCUUUCCACUCCACCUUCUUGCGCUCCGGUGUCAAGCCUUUCCGAUCCUUCCUUCUCAAGAAGAUCAACAAGACUACCAUCGAUCCAAGCAAGUUGAUUGGCAAAUAUAUUCCCAACGUCACUGCACGACCAUUUGAGAUUACCAAGGAAUACUUUGAGGAUGUUUACAGACUCACCAACUCACCCAAGAUCGGAGCUGUCUUGGCCAACUGGGACAAAUACCAAGAGCCUCAUGCCAAUGGGGUCAACGGUGUGAAUGGAGUCAAUGGUGUGAACGGGGUUAAUGGUGUUAAUGGGGUUCAUUAAAAAUAUUUUUAUUUUUUCUCUCUGUUCAUGUGGAUCUACGAAAUGGCGUUUUGGCCGGAGCGGGGGAACUUGUUUUUUUUCUUUCGCUUGUAUUUGUUUGGCGAUACAAACACUUGCUUGCCUUUGUAGGUGCUUUAGAGAGGAAGAGGGAGCGUGGGUAAUUUUCGCUCUUGCUCUUGCUGGAUGUGUAUAGCUUUUUUUCGCGAGGGAUAGAUAUGGUAGAUGAGAAGACGCAAAGCAAUGCUAGAUGAAUUUACAACUUAUAAUA